AUGGCAAAGCAUGGUGGGGAACCCAUGCUCUCUCUCUCUCUCUCUCUUUCUCUUCCCCUCCCCUCUUCUUCAGACACGUUCUGUACCCAAAUGGUCUCAUGUGGCCUGCAACUGAGUACAUACUUUCCAAGUCUUGCAACAAACAGCUUCUUGCUGACUUCCCCAUCGUCGAUUCGUUCCAAUCUCUUCCCUUUCAUUUUUAUCCUGGGUACCGCGGAUGUCGCCGAUGUCGUCCAGACCGAAUACCGCCACACAAACCGCCAUGGCUUGGGGCUGGCCGACCUCUCACCCUUUCCCUGCAAGGGCGAAACAAAGAAACUGCUCUGCGGUCGAAUUUACAAACCGACAAGUUGGGAAAUGCUCGGAUUGCUUGAAUCCGACACAAAAAGAAAGAGCCUGGAGGGUGAUGACGACCCCACGAUGCGCGAAUACGGGCUCGAGAUUUUAGCUCUUGCAUUGCCCUUGCCAGUUUGGGAAGAGAGGAGGGGUGCGGUUUUCUUACUGAGUCAAAUCUGGGCAACAUCGGCUGCAGUAGUCUUGUUGGACUGGAACUAG